AUGCAAGACUUGAUAACCCAGAUCGAAGCUUUGAAAUUAGGAGAGAGUGAGGUCCAGGGAGCUGUAGAAUAUUGGAAAGAUCAGCAAAACAAUGCACAGGAGCAGAUAACGAAACUCGAGGAUCGAUACAAUGAAAUGAUCAAAAGACACUUCCUCAUGAGUGUUGACCUCGGCAAUAAAGAGGGCAUAAUUCAAGGCUUGCAAAAAGACAUCAUUGACAGAAGUCAGGUUGCCCACCCUCGCGAGCAUCAGGAACUAUACCAAGUUGUCGUCGGCAAGGAAGGCCGUGUCAUUGAUGAGCAAGAGUGGUUGGAACUAUCCAGUGGAGUGGACACAGCGGGCAAUAGCGAACAAUGA